CGUCAAAGUGACAGUUACUCCUGUCAUUGUUUUAUCUGCCCUUUAAUCCCUUUAAUUCAAAGUAGUGACAGAAACCACGUGCUGACUUGUCUUUAAAACGAUCACAAUAUAAAUUUUACUUUACUUUUAAGUACACCAACACAGUUUUGGAUUACCUAUACUCCAAUUAUUUUCUUUUUACUCCAAUUUAAUGUGUGUAACAGUUGUCAUAGACGGAACGCAUUUAAAAAAAAAGAUUUUAUUAUAUUUCGAACCAAAUAUACUAACAGUCUGCAGUUUUUUUAAUUCUUUAAAAGUGUUAAAAGUUAGAAAACAAAGUUAUAUAGUUGUAAGAAGUAUUAAAUUUUGCAAGAACUACAUUUGCUCCAAAAUACACCUAGUGAUACUCAUCGCGUGUAAAAUACAGAACAAAAAUAUUAACAGAAAUCAGUGCAAUAUACUUAGAUAAAUUAUAUUUCAAUGCAAACGACCUUAAAAAUAGAAGUAACAAUGUUGAAAUUAUUAUUUUCAACAAAUUGUGUUUUCGUUGCUCUCGCUUUUACCGGUGAUUCAGAACUCAAAGAAUUAGGAGAGAAACAAUAUCAUCUCAUUGAAACCAAAUCAACUUUGCCACAGCACGGAAAAUGCUGGCACGAAGCUCUGAAAGCAAUAAAAGGAAGUUGCGAAAAAUUAAAUGACCACCAGCACUCUUUAUUGGCUCUUCUAUUAGCAAACUGUUUUUUGGAAGAUUCUGGUCAUGUGACAUACUCAUGCCACCUUAGCGAAACAGAAGGCAAAAGGAGAGAGUGCAUUAAUAAAAUGACUGAUCGAGCUUUUGGGGUCUACAACGAAUUUUACACCCACACAACUCACGUCUGCUUCUAUUUGAAUCACGAAAUGUGGCAAGCUGAGACAGAGAGUACAAUUAAGCAUUUGUAUAAGGCAUCCACUCGCAUGAAAGAACAACUUUUAGAGGCUUCUGAAAUGCAAAAUGUAGUGUUGCAAAAACAAAAAGAAGGGCUGGAGAUACAAAAUCAUCUUUUAAAUCAUGGACUGAAAUUGGAAGAUGUAAUUCAAAACUCUGCCGAAACAGUCAAUACUAUUGUCAGUGACUUCAAAGAAUCCGCCAGAGAUCAAAAAGAGCUGCUCUUUCAAAUAUUUUCUUACAUUCGUACCUUCCAAAAUUGGAUUAUUGGAGAAGUUUCUUGGCUCCAAUCUAUUUUAUACUACAUUGUCACUUGCAUUUUAUCGGCAUUAUUUAGUGCGUCUAAAAAAACCGCAGAUGCUAGAAUUUCUCUCUUCACAAUUUUAAGUUUAAAUAUCGUAAUAGAAAGAAUGCUCGUCAAAUAUUGUAUGAGGAACGAAAAUAAUUUUAAUGAAGACAAGAUCCAAAUUUUACAUGCGACCUGGAUGGUUCGAAAAUGUGCUCUUUUUCUUUGUUUGGUUACUCUUUUUCACUCGUAUCUCUCUCACAAAGAUGAGCACCUAGAAAAUUAUAGAGCUCUUCGACGUAUUGAACAUCGACUGGACGAUCUGCAAGAAUUAAAUCCUGUCUUGAAAACAAAUCACGUCGUUCUGAAUGUUAAACCAAUUAGAAGCUCAACGGAAGACAGCCUGGUGUACAUCAGGCGGUCUUUAAAGUCGGAGGAAAUGGACCAUUUGGAAGGAACACAUUUUGAUUUUUCAUUUCCUCAUGUAUUUAUCACACUUGGAGCUUCUGGUGAUUUGGCUAAGAAGAAAAUCUAUCCAACACUCUGGUGGUUAUUCAGAGACAAUUUGCUUCCAAAAACAACAAUAUUCUUCGGCUAUGCUAGAAGUAAGCUGACAGUCGCAGAAUUGCGAGAAAAAUAUCAAAAGUAUAUGAAAUUAAAGCCUGGCGAGGAGGAAAGAUACGAAGAAUUUUGGAAACUUAAUCAUUACGUGGCUGGUUCCUACGAUACCCGAAAAGAUUUCGAAUUACUUAAUCAAGAACUCGAGAGGCAUGAGAAUGGAAAAAAUGCACACAGAUUAUUCUACUUGGCUUUGCCUCCUUCUAUCUUCGAACCUGUCACAGUUCACAUCAAGAACAAUUGCAUGGGAAAAAAAGGAUGGACUAGAAUAAUUAUAGAAAAGCCUUUUGGAAGGGAUGCAGUCACAUCUCAACAACUUUCCGAUCACCUUGCCUCUCUUUUUAAAGAAGAGCAAAUAUAUCGCAUCGAUCAUUAUCUUGGAAAGGAGAUGGUGCAAAAUUUAAUGACACUGAGAUUUGGAAAUAAAAUCUUUAGUCCAACAUGGAAUAGAGAUAAUAUUGCUUCGGUGCAGAUUACGUUUAAAGAACCAUUCGGAACUCAAGGAAGAGGUGGAUAUUUCGAUGAAUUUGGAAUUAUUAGGGACGUGAUGCAGAAUCAUCUUUUGCAAAUAUUGUCUUUGUUUGCAAUGGAGAAACCAGCUUCAUGUCAUCCCGACGAUAUUAGGAAUGAAAAAGUUAAGGUUUUGAAAUGCAUAACUCCAGUCGAUGUUGAUGACGUUGUGCUUGGUCAAUAUGUGGGUAAUCCUGAAGCUGUGGAUCCAGACGAAAGGUUGGGAUAUUUGCAGGACACCACUGUUCCUGAAAAUUCUAAUACUCCAACUUAUGCUCUCGCAGUGCUGAGGAUUAACAACGAAAGAUGGGAUGGGGUUCCCUUUAUUUUACGGUGUGGAAAAGCACUGAACGAGCGGAAAGCGGAAGUCAGGGUCCAGUACCAAGACGUGCCAGGCGACAUCUUCGACGGAAAAGCAAAGCGAAACGAGCUUGUUAUCCGUGUUCAACCAGGCGAGGCUCUCUACAUAAAAAUGAUGACAAAAUCACCAGGCAUCACCUUCGACAUGGAAGAAACAGAGCUGGACUUGACUUACGGCAAUAGAUACAAGGAUCUCAAGCUUCCCGAUGCUUAUGAAAGACUGAUUUUGGAUGUCUUCUGUGGAUCCCAAAUGCACUUCGUUCGAAGUGACGAGCUUUCCGAAGCUUGGAGAAUCUUCACUCCACUUCUGCAUAGAAUCGAGAACGAGAAAAUCCGUCCCAUAUCAUACAAACACGGCUCCCGUGGACCGAAAGAGGCUGAUGAAAUGGCGAAGCACAAUAAUUUUAUGUACUACGGUUCGUACAAAUGGGUACGUCCUCAACACCACUGAAGAAUCAUUCUUUUUUUUUCUCUCACUCCCACUUUCUCUCUUUGUACUUAGUACAAAUUACGAAUGAAAAAAAA